AGCUUUAGACUUCAAAUGUCAAAUUGAAAUCCCCAAUCCUCGAAAAAAUGACUUUUUAUCGCCCAUUAAGUCAAUUCAAAAGCUGGGGACCCACUGCCGGCUGAUUACAGUCGGCACAUUUCGACUUGUGCAAAAGUAUAUGUGUAGUAUGGCUGUAGUAACAGAGUUACAUGCUAAAAGCCUCCUUGGUGCAACUAGUACUUACAUGUAUGCAUACACGAGCCUUCUGCUCUGUGUAGUUUCUAUUGCUCCGGCUGUGGUAUGUACCCAAUCAUAA